GGCGCUUUACGGCUGCCGUCAAGCAGCGCGGCUCUGGGCCAGUGGGCGGGGGCCGAGGGGCUGCCAUGGCGGUGGCUGGCCGGCUCCCGGGCUCCGGAGCGCUGCCGGCGCCGCUGCUCGCGGGGCUCGCGCUCCUCAUGGUCGGGACGACCCCGGUGCGGGCGCUCCACAACGUCACGGUCGAGCUCUUUGGGGCUGAGGCGUGGGGCACCGUAGCGGCCUUCGGAGACCUCAACUCCGACAAGCAGACGGACCUCUUCGUGCUACGGGAAAGAAAUGAUUUAAUCGUCUUUUUGGCAGAUCAGACAGCACCCUAUUUUAAACCUAAAGUAAAGCUCUCUUUACGGUAAGAAUCACAGUGAAUUGAUAACCAGUGUAGUCCCUGGGGAUUAUGAUGGUGAUUCACAAAUGGAUGUCCUUCUGACAUAUCUUCCGAAAAAUUAUAUAAAAAAUUAUUUUGGAGUUGUUAUCUUCUGGGGACAAAAUCAGACAUUAGAUCCUCACAAUAUGACCAUACUCAACAGGACAUUUGAAGAUGAACCUCUAAUUAUGGAUUUUAAUGGUGAUUUAAUUCCUGAUAUUUUCGGUGUCACAAAUGAAUCCACUCAGCCACAGAUACUAUUAGGAGGGAACUUAUCAUGGCACCCUGCUUUGACCACUAAAAGUAAAAUGCGAUAUCCACAUUCUCAUGCAUUUAUUGACCUGACUGAAGAUUUUACAGCAGAUUUAUUCCUCACUACAGGAUCUGCCACUGGUACCUCUCAGUUUGAGAUAUGGGAAAAUUUGGAUGGAAAUUUCUCUGUCACUAGUAUACUUAAACAGCCUCAAAAUUUGAAGGUGGUUGGACAGUCAGCAUUUGCAGACUUUGAUGGAGAUGGACACACAGAUCACUUACUGCCAGGCUGUGAGGAUAAAAACUGCCAGAAAAGCGCCAUCUACUUAGCCAAAUCAGGAACAAGGGAGUGGAUUCCAGUGCUACAGAAUUUCAGCAAUAAAGGCACACAAUGGGGCUUUGUCCCAUUUGUAAAUGAAGAGAAACCAACUGAUAUACCAAUUCCAAUUACCCUUCAUAUCGGAGACUACAAUAUGGAUGGCUACCCAGAUGCUCUUGCUAUACUGAAGAAUACUUCUGGAAGCAAUCAACAGGCUUUUUUACUGGAGAAUGUCCCUUGUAAUAAUGCAAGCUGUGAGGACGCACACCGUAUGUUUAAAAUCUACUGGGACCUGUCGAACCUAAAUCAGAUUGAGGAUGCUAUGGUUGCCACCUUCUUUGAUAUUUAUGAAGAUGGUAUUUUGGAUAUUAUAGUCCUAAGUAAAGGACAUAGAAAGAAUGAUUUUGCCAUCCAUACUCUGAAAAAUAACUUUGAAGCAGAUGCAUAUUUUGUUAAAGUCAUUGUUCUCAGUGGCCUCUGUUCUAAUGACUGUCCUCGUAAGAUAACGCCAUUUGGAGUAAAUCAGCCUGGACCAUAUAUCAUGUAUACAACCGUAGAUGCGAAUGGGUAUCUGAAAAAUGGUUCAGCUGGACAACUCAGCCAGUCAGCACAUUUCGCUCUCCAGCUGCCGUACAAUGUGCUUGGUUUAGGCCGAAGUGCAAAUUUUCUUGAUCACCUUUAUGUAGGUAUCCCACGUCCAUCUGGAGAGAAGUCUAUACGAAAACAAGAGUGGACUGCAAUCAUUCCAAAUUCCCAGCUAAUUGUCAUUCCAUACCCUCACAAUGUUCCUCGAAGCUGGAGUGCCAAACUCUACCUGACUCCAAGUAACAUUGUUCUGCUUACUGCAAUAGCUCUCAUCGGCGUCUGCGUUUUUAUCUUGGCGAUCAUUGGCAUUUUACAUUGGCAAGAAAAGAAAGCAGAUGACAGAGAAAAACGACAAGAGGCACAUCGGUUUCAUUUUGAUGCUAUGUGACUUGCAUUACUCUUAUACGUCUGAUUUGCUAAAAAAUUAAAUUCUGGCUUAUAGAAGAAAUUAUGGGAUUGUUUUGAAUUUUAUUUAUAAAUGAUGCAUCCCUUGGUAAUUACUUGAGAAUAUUCAUAUUUAUAUGGUGUAAAUGUGCCACAAGGUCUUUUUUUGAAGCACUUUCUGUAAGAUAAUUUGGGUUCUUUAUUCAAUUAGUGUUGUAAAUUUUUUCUCUUUGUGGAAUGUGUUGCAUGUACUUGGACAUUUAUGUAUUUAUAACCUUAUUAGAAUAAAGGUGAUAAAAAAGAUAAGUAUAAAUAAAAACAUUAAAAU